GGCUCCUGCUCUCCCUCCCAGACUCCACAGGAGCCGGGAUCUGAGGGCUUCCAGGGAUCUCCUAUGACUCACCCACCACUAGACGACCAAUGGAAUCGCUGAUCUCCUCCCGGACACCAUGCUGUCUGCUGGGCCUUGUGGUGCUCUCCACUCUGACCUUCUCCCCGAUCCUGGCCAUUGAAGUUUACACGGACAGAGAGGUGCACGGCACCUUCGGGUCCAAGGUCCGCCUGUCCUGCACCUUCUGGUCCAGUGAAUGGAUCUCCGACGACCUCUCCGUCUCCUGGCAUUACCAGCCCGACAACAGCAGGAAUACGUAUUCGGUUUUCACUUACUCCAAGGGCCAGGCCCAGAUAGAUGACACCGGGAUAUUCAAGGACCGCAUCGAGUGGGUGGGCUACCCCCGGAGCAAGGACGGGUCCAUCGUCCUGCACAAUCUGGAAUAUGGCGACAACGGGACCUUCACCUGCGACGUCAAGAACCCGCCGGACGUGGUGGGAAAGUCGUCCUACGUUCACCUGCUGGUCUAUGACAAAGGCCCGGUCCGCGCAGGCAUAGUCCUUGGCAUCAUCAUUGGGGCUGCGCUGGGGCUGGUGAUCGUCGUGGCCCUCCUGGCAUACCUCAUACGUUACUGCUGGCUGAGGAGGCAGAUGCGGGUGCAGCGGGAGCUCAGGUAG